UCGACGCUCGAAGAAGUCGGCGGUGGUCAAGAGUUAGGAAUGCGAAACAAAUGAUUCUGGCCACUGCGCUCUGCUAAAACCCAGCAGCCGCGGCCAGAUCCGACGCUCUCCUUCUCCAGUCUGAUCACCAUAUCUCCAAAUGAGAGGAGCCAUUGGAAGAAGGCUCCCUAACUCCUUCACCCCCUCCUCCUCCCGACACUCCCUCCUUCCCUUCUCCACCUCCUCCCCCUUCGGCGGCGGCGGAGGAAGAGGACGUGGCCGUGGAAGUGGCGCCGACGGCGGCCCAUCGCGCUUCGACUCCACUCCCGGGACACCCGCUUCUGGCGAGGCACCCGAAGCCGCCGAGCCCCCGUCGCCUCAGCCCCAGCACCAUCCUCCUUCGUCUGGGCUCGGCCGCGGCCGGGGCAAGCCGCUCCCUUCGUCUCCGAUCCUCCCCUCGUUCAACGCCGUCGUGUCGUCCAUCGGCCGCGGCCGAGCCUCGUCGGCUUCGCCCCCUCCGCCGCCGGAUUCGGCCGUUCCCGGGAAGCCCAUCUUCUUCCGGAAGGAAGAUGGUCCUCCCCAGUGGGACCCCCCAAAACCUAGGUCACCUUCUGAGUUUGCUGGGGCGGCAGGCGGCGGACGUGGUGCCAGCGAUCUCCCUUCCAGUAUAAGGUCGGUUCUACAGGGUGCCGGCCGCGGGAAGCCUGUGCCGAAGCCGGGCCCUCAAUCCCCACCAGUGCAGGAAGAGAACCGGCACGUCCGCGCACGACCGCCCUCGCCCCCACCCCCGCGGAUGGGUCGGGAGGAGGCUGAGAGGAGGGCUUCAGGCAGAGGAGACCGUGGUGGUCGCAGUGGAGGCAGAGCCGGCCGAGGCAGAGGGAGAGGGUUCCGGGCCGGCCGAGGCAGGGGCAGCUUCGGUGGAAGGGGAUUUUUGGGGGACCGAGCAGAGAGAGGGCAGUUCCAGAGGGACUCCGACGAGGGCCAUGGAGCUGGGCUUUAUCUCGGGGACAAUGCGGAUGGAGAGAAUCUGGCCAAGAGAAUUGGGGCUGAGAACAUGAACAAGUUGGUCGAGGCCUUUGAAGAAAUGAGCGAGAGAGUGCUGCCUUCCCCAGCUCAUGACAUCUAUUUGGAUGCUUUGCAUACCAAUCUGUUGAUUGAGUGUGAGCCAGAAUACUUAAUGCAUGAAUUCAGUACGAACCCGGAUAUUGAUGAGAAGCCGCCUAUUCCUCUUAGAGAUGCUCUCGAGAAGAUGAAGCCAUUCUUGAUGUUAUAUGAGGGAAUUCAGAGUCAAGAAGAGUGGGAGGAAGUCAUGAAGGAAUUAAUGGAAAGAGUUCCAUUGAUAAAGGAGAUCGUCGAUUACUACAGUGGACCUGACAGGGUAACGGCCAAGCAACAGCAAGAAGAGUUAGAAAGAGUGGCCAAAACUCUUCCCCAGAGUGCUCCUAGUUCUGUGAAACGGUUUACUGAUCGGGCUGUUCGCUCUCUCCAGAGUAAUCCUGGGUGGGGAUUCGACAAGAAAUGCCAGUUCAUGGAUAAGCUGGUGGGGGAGGUUUCUCAGCAGUACAAGUGAGACUCAAGAAUAUACUGAGGCUUUUUCGCUGUGCUUGAUUUCUGUCACCGAGUUGCACCAGUGCGAGUUCUUAGUCAAAGUCGGGCUAAAAGCUAGAUUUCAUAGUGAGGAUUUCUUUAAUUUUGGAUUUGUUAUAUGGGUUAACUUUAUUUCACUGUUUUCAAGUUUAGACCAAGGUUUAGGUUAAUAAUAGCUGCAGUGUGGCCUUUUGAAGUGAACUCCUUGUGAUUUCUGGAAAUGAACCGUGUUAUGUUGCAAGGCGCGAAAAAUCAUGCUCGCAGUCC